AUGCACUGCUACCUACCAAAGCCCCUGAGCUGGGCGAGCGGCGACCUCCGCAUUCUGACUCGGGUUUGCUUUCGCGGUAUCGCGGGAAAUAGAAGUCCGCUGACAGCCGGGGUCGGCGUCCGGGUGGCUCCCGGCCCGCGCAGCCCUGGAUGUGAAACUCUCCCCCCACCCGAGUCCCCGCAGCCCCCCCUCGGAGACCUGCCCCGCCCCUUCACAGCCUCUCCAGCAGUGUGGCCGCGGGCGCGGCGGGUGUUUCGGUUCCGAGCAGCCGAGCAGGAGCCCCGCCGCGCCCGAGCGCUCGUAUCCGCCGCGCACGCCGCCUUCCCAGUGCCCUUCUCCGCGCUGCGGUGCGGUUACGGCGCGUGGACCCCAGACGCCACACUCACCGGUCCCUGCGCAGCGCUGGACUGCGGGUUCCCCUUUCGCCCCGCCGCUUUUACCCCGCGCCCGGCCCCGCCCCGCAACGCAAAGAAACGAAACUCACAGACCCGGAGCGGGAGGCGGCUCCUGCUGCAGAAACGAAACCUAACCCCGCGGCCCCGCACCAGCGGCACCUGCCUCCCGCGGGCCCAGAGUCAUCCAAGCCUGCACGUAGCCUUGGACCUACCGGACAUGCCCUUCCCUACGGAUCCACUCCUGGCGCUGUGCUACCCAUCGAAGGGAUUCUUCAUCCAAGGGGAAUACAAGUGCUUCCAGGAACUAGCAAUGACCUCACCUCAACACACACACACAUCGACCCCUCUGCACCUGUUACUUCCCAGUCAAGAACCCAGGCAGCAGCACAUCCUGGGGCUGUGUGAGCAGGACGGGCUGAUGCUUUCUGAAAGAGGAACAGUGCCUUGGGAACGCAGGGUAGGCUCGAGCAGCGCUGGCACUCAUGUGAACAGAGAUUUCACUCUGGGCGAGGCUGUUGCUGCUUCCAACGGCAGGAGGUUCCCCUAAGGGCCUUUGUUCAUGAACAAAAUCAGAAAGAGCUGCAGGCAAUUGAUCACCAGGUAGAGGCACAGCCUCAGCCAGGGCAGGACGUG